CCCUCACCUGCAUCGCCCCCGCCUUGCACCUCGCCCCGCGCUCCUCCCCCCCCCUCUCUCUCCCCUCCUCGCCUCCCGCCUCGCUCCUUCCUCGUAGUUGCGCCUGUUCCGACUUCGAUCUCGCGUCGCCCUUUCCCAUCCAGCAACGAUGUCUGUCGCCGCCGCCGCCGCCGCCAACGCCUCCUCGGCCGUCCCCACCAUCCCCAACGAUGCCAUCCUCGGCUCGGUCACCAUUGAUGCCCUGGUCCUGAUGCGCAUCAUCAAGCACUGCAAUGAGAGCCCCAACGCCACUGGGCACAUUCUCGGCUUCCAGACCCCCGACCCGACCCAGGCCAACACGAUUGUCUCCAACCUGAGCCACUGCUACGCUCUGCCCAACUUGGGUGCCAUCUCCAACAACAACUCCUGGGGCUUCAGCAUCUCGCCGGCGCAGAUCCGCGACGACAAGAUCGCCUACUCCUCCAGCAUGCUCGAUGCCCUGGUGGACUUCAAUGUCGAGGCCAACGUCUUCGGUCUGUACCGCGCCAUCCAGUUCGGCGAGGUGGUCAGCUUCGAGGUGAUUGAUGAUUUCCUGGCCCUGGAGCACCCCACCGCCACCAUGAUCACCUACGACCCGAUUCGCAGCCAGCACGGCGCGGCUGCCCUGCGCGCCUUCCGCAUUUCCAAGGAGUUCCUUUCCCUGAGCGCUGCCAAGGACAUCCGCCGCAUCCCCUCGGAGGACUAUGCCAAGGCUGGCCUGACUUUUGACAACAUCUUCGAGGAGAUCCCCCUGACCAUCCGCAACUCUGCCCUGGUCAGCGCCUUCCUGUUCGACAUGCCGAACAAGACCAACCUCUCGCAGCUGUCGCUCCCGGACAACGUCUACUUCGAGCGUGUCAUCGACGCUCUGGCCGAUCGCAUCAACGACCAGACUCACCUUACUGCCAGCAUGCGCCAGUACGGUGGUCGCUACCUCCAUAACAAGAAGGCCGUCACCGAGGAGUCCCGCCUGAACGCUCUGCUUCAGUGCACCCAGAUCGAGUCCUACUGCAAGCAGGUCAGCCAGUUCGCUGGUCAGGCUCUGCCCAAGCUCUUCCUUGCCAAGGGUGACUCCCAGUAAAUGAGGGACCUCUCGUUUGCUGCCGCCCGUCUCGGGGUCUCCACGGUGGUUUCUACUUCUCCCUGCCUUUCCCAGCCUCCUCCCCCCUCUGCGGGGUGCCCCCCUGUCCUUCGUCAGCCGCGCCUCCUCCCCCGCUGCUUCCCAUCAACCAAUCUUUUCCCCCCUCCCUCCUUCCCCUUCUCUGUGCAUGCUUUCAGAUGAUGUGGCGUCCCAGCAUGCCUACUCCCUCACGCUUCUCUUAUCUCCUGCAAGGGGAAGAGCUGUCUGUGGACCAAGAGGAGCGGCGGGUGUCCCCGCUGAGAUUUCCCCUCCCUGGCUUUUGCGCCGCCGCAUCCCACCACCUCCGACCCAGGCGCUGGCGCGCUGCGCGUUGUCUCCGCCACCCCUUCCUCCCCCCCCCUCCCCCUCCUGCCCUUGUACAACACCCCAAUAACAAGUUUCAUAAAUCCCCCAUACUCGUGUCCUA